UUCUAACGCCCUUCUCCUCCAAAGACAAAAAUUCAAAACCGCUAUAAAAAGAGCUUUGGCGACAUUUGGCAGUUGAUUCUUCCAUUAGAGAAAUUUUGUCGUGAAAUUUGCAAAUCCACAGGGACAAUCUCGUAACAUCGUAUCUCCUCCCUCCUAGACCCCACAAUACUACACACACUAGUUCACAUUUCCCACCCAGCAAUGACGACGCACUUCAGAGCCAGCGCCUAUGGAUUUUGUAUGGUUUGGAAUCGAAUUAGUCGCAGAAAAAGUAGAAGAAUCAGGACAGGAUUACACGGAUUCCAAACCCAACAGUGUACAACCACGCAUAAAUGAGCAGGAAUCCGCCAAGGGCUCACAUUUAUACUGUUCUUUGUCAACCCCAAUUCACCAUUUCUUUAUCUGGAUUUGCAUUUGCUGAGUUUUGGGUUUCUGGGCUCCUCUUUUCGAGUAAAGUACAACUUGGGUUCUUUGAUUCUUGGGGUUUCAGUCUUGAUUGAGGCCUCUGUUUGCAUAGAAUGAUGGCUUUUUCUUCUGCUGCUGCACAAAGGGAGCUUGAGGAGAAGCUCACUCAGUCUGGAACUAAGCUCUCCACACCUCCUUCAUCUACUCGCGAGCUUCUAAGCCUCAUUGAAAACGUUGAAUCUGAACUGAAGAGCAUAGGGCAAGACCCUUCAGUGUCGAUGAUAAAUGUACUUGACCCAAUAAGAAAAGCACUGAUUGGAACGAAGCUUCUGGGACAUUCUGAUGAAAUCAUUGAAGUUUCUGUUGUAUCUUGUAUCUGUGAAAUUAUGAGAAUAUCUGCACCCGUUCUACCCUAUGAUAAUACAGAAAUGAAGGUAAUUUUCUAUCAUAUUAUAGCAUCACUCGAAAAGUUACCUGACAUUCUUAGUGACUGCUAUAGUAAGGCUGUGAGAGUUCUUGAAGCCAUUGCGAAGAUCAGGCUGUGUGUGAUGCUAUUGGAUCUUGACUAUAUCUUAGCUGUUAACGUUUUCCAACUGUUUCUAAAGAUCAUCAGGCCAUAUCAUCCCCAUGCUGUAUCGAAAUACAUGGAAGACAUCAUGACUCAACUCAUAGAAGAAAGUGAUGAAGUCUCAAUAGAUUUUCAAGUGUCCAUUCUUGAGAGCCUCAGAAAGAAAACUCUGGAUACUGCACCUCUUUCAUCGCUCUUGGGACAUCAUGUCUUCGAAAAGUGUGCUGCCAGACUGAAGCCUUGUCUUUUAGAAUUAAUAAAAACUAUGAACUUGAAUUUUGAUGAUUAUACCGACGUACUUGGCUCAGUAUGCCGUGAAGUUCCUGAGGGAGAAAACACGGUGGAAAAUGCUGGUUCUGUACCACCAGUAGAAGAAACAUCUGUUCUUCAACUUCCUCAGGUACCACAACUGGAUGGCACCCCAACAAUAAUGAAUAACAACAAUAACCUGGAACCUAAUGGGUCGUUGAAGACAUUAAAGCAUUGCAAUCAGGCUGAACAGCUAAAAGAUACUGAUGCACCAUCUGAUCCAUUGCAUACAAAUACAAAAGAUUUGCAACAACAAAUGAAUGUGAGUGGACUGUCAGAGAAGGUAAGACCCGAUACAGGACAUGAUUGUUUUGAUAUGAAUGAAAGCAAAAGCUGCAUUGAAGAACCUACUAACAAGAAGGAACAUGAGAAGAAAUCUGGUAGCUCAUCUGAUAAUGCAGCUCCAAAGGAGUCAUCUUCGCCAUCUGAAACUGGAAAGCAGUCUAUGCCUGACGUGUUAACCCCCAACAGUGAAAACACCCAUGUCAACUCUGGAAGUUCUCGCAAAAGGGGUCGACCAAAGAAGAAUACCCAUGUCAACUCUGGAAGUUCUCGCAAAAGGGGUCGACCAAAGAAGAAUCAGAGAGAACUCACUGUGAGAAAGAGAUCUGAAGGGACAAGCUCUCCCAAUUUGACUGUAAGUAUAAAGAAGGAAAAAGAAACAGUGAGUGAUGCAGAGAAGAAAUCUCGUAGCUCAUCUGAUAAUGCAGCUUCAAAGGAGUCAUCUUUGCCAUCUGAAACUGGAAAGCAGUCUAUGCCUGGCGUGUUAGCCCCCAACAGUGAAAACACCCAUGUCAACUCUGGAAGUUCUCGCAAAAGGGGUCGACCAAAGAAGAAUACCCAUGUCAACUCUGAAAGUUCUUACAAAAGGGGUCGACCAAAGAAGAAUCAGACAGAACUCACUGUGAGAAAGAGAUCUGAAGGGAAAAGCUCUCCCAGUUUGACUGUAAGAAUAAAGAAGGAAAAAGAAACAGUGAGUGAUGCAGAGAAUUCAUCUCUUCAACAAAAUGAUCUCCAAAAUAUAAGCAGAAGAAAGAAACAGUCUAUGCCUGACGUGUUAGCCCCCAACAGUGAAAACAUCCAUGUCAACUCUGGAAGUGCUCGCAAAAGGGGUCGACCAAAGAAGAAUCAGACAAAACUCACUAUGAGAAAGAGAUCUGAAGGGACAAGCUCUCCCAGUUUGACUGUAAGUAUAAAGAAGGAAAAAGAAACAGUGAGUGAUGCAGAGAAUUCAUCUUUUCAACAAAAUGAUCUCCAAAAUAUAAGCAGAAGAACUAAACAUUCUACGAAGCAAGCUUUAAAUGAAGAAAAGGAUUCUAAAAAGGUUCGUUUUAUUAAGGAUUAUGGAGAAGAGUUGGUAGGUACUAAAGUCAGAGUUUGGUGGCCCCUGGACAGAAAGUUUUAUAAGGGAGUGAUUUCUUCUUUUGACCCUGAGAUUAAAAAGCACAAGGUCAAAUACAAUGAUGAUGAUGAAGAAAUCUUGAAUCUCAACCGUGAACGCUGGGAAUUGCUUGAAGAGGUUUCAGUCAAAGAAGAGCCUGUAACUGACUUUCCUCCUGAGCUUUGUGUUGUGUCUGGGAAGAAAGCACAGGGAAAUGGCAGCACGCCUGGGAAAAAUAUCAAGUCUGAGAAAGCUCCAGCCAAGGAUAACAGCACAUUGUUGAGUCACAACAGUAAAAAUAUUGUAAUCAAAGAAGAGGCUGAAGACGAAUCUACUGUGCCAUCCAAUGCCCUCAGUGAGGAGCCUUCAACGGACUUUCUUCCUGAGGUUUCUGCAAUAAAAGGCACCUCAAAGAAAAAAGAAUCGGGUACCUCAUCCUCGGAAAGGUGCGGGAAGAAAGCGCAUAGAAGUGGCCGCAAGCCUAGGUAAAGUGUUGUUCCAUCUGAAGCCUUAAUCGAGGUUAAAAAAUCUGGCGCUUAUGCUUCAGAAUGAAUAACCUAACAGUACAAUGCAGCUGUAAAAGACCAAAUGGACUCUAGACUUGUUAUAUAUGGUUGCUUUUAAUCUCUAGUAUUUGUGCUACUUUGAUAGUUAACCUUAACUGGAGUUAUAGUGAAUAUGUGCUUUCUUUUAUUGAAUUGCAAUAGGUAAAAUAUAUGUAUGGAGUCUCUGUCUCAAAAGUAAAUAUUCAUUAGAGAUUUAGAGUGGCAUGCAGUAAACUUCUAUGGUUA